GUAAAACCCAAAACCCUACUCUGUCUCUCUCUCACUCUCUCUCUUCAGACCACUCUCUUCGUUUCAUUAUCUGCUUCUCUUCCUCCCUCGACUCAAAUUGCAGAAUCUCAACUCAUAUUGCGUUCGCCCCCUGUCUCUGUGUUCAUUUGCUGAUGAAUUGAAAUAACGGGAGCAUAUUGUCUGCUAAUUCUGCUGCCUGGAUUAUCUGUCUGCGCAUACGCUCUCUUGAUUCCUUUUUCAUGGUUUCCUACUUUCCAUUAUCACGCUUGUUAUGGAAACACUGAUGGUAGCUCCUGCAGGUUGAGAGAGUAAGUGCGUGGGGGUUUGGUUUGCAGCUUGCUUGAAAUUAUCCCGAACGAAACAGAACAAGGAAUAGUCAAAUGGAAAUGAAAAGGAAAACUCCGUCACAGCUUCAGUCCCUUGAACGGCUGUACUCAGAGGAUAAGUAUCCUACUAAAGAGGUAAUGGAAGACUAUGCCAAGGCUUUGGGAUUGGCAUACAAGCAGGUCCAGGGAUGGUUUGUUGAGAAGAGGAGGAGGGAUAAAAGAGAAAAUGGAUUUUUUGUACCAUCUCAUUCGGCUUUGAUUAAGAAACAUCCGAUUCUUACUAGAAGGAAUGGGUCUGGUAGUAUUGCUACUACAAAGGUUUCUAAAGGAGAUCUCUCGAUGCGUAUGGCGGAGACUCCUUCAUCUUCCAUAUACAGCCGCCCAUCUACGGCGAAGAACAAGAGUGCGAAGAGAAAGAAGCAAGUCUUUCUUCUCCAGAACCUGUUAACCCCGGACUACAUUCUGAAGAAAGUGUUCCGCAAGGAUGGCCCUCCCCUUGGCUUGGAAUUUGACUCUCUUCCGUCUGGGCCAUUUUGCUCUCCUACAGAUUCUGAAAAUUCCCAUCCAUGUUGCCAAGACAACCAAAGAGCAGACAAAAGGAGAAAGGUUUGUGAGCAUGCCAUAUUAAGUCACCGGGGUUCUAAUGAAAAGAGUGCACCUGUGACGAAACAUGGCAUUGGGAAAGGUUUGAUGACAGUUUGGCGAGCAACUAAUCCUGAUGGUGGAGAUUUUCCAACUGGUAUCAAUGUUUCUGAUGGGGAAGUUGCUAAUAUAUCUCCAAUCUCAACUUCUAUGUCCCGGAAAAAGCCACCGCUUCGGGAGAAAAGACCUAGACAAAAGGUUCCUGUUGCUAAACAGGGAAGUUUAAGAAAUAAAUCACAAGAGAAGAGGAAACAGUCCAUCAGAAGAAGAGAGGUGGAAACUAACAGGGAUGAGCAUCAGAAACAGUCAGACAAAGUGAAAUGUGAACUUGCUUUGGAAGGAGAAAUAUCUCAAGAGUAUCUUGAUCAGGUUGCAAUGCUUGUGGAUGAUGAAGAGCUGGAGCUGCAAGAAUUACAAGGAGGACCAAAUCCACUGAGGUGUUCAGAUCACCUUGCUGCCAAUGGUUUACAUGGUUGUUCACUUUGCAAAGAUGUGCUGGCUGAGUUUCCUCCAAAUUCUGUUAAGAUGAAGCAGCCAUUCUGUAUGCAGCCUUGGGAAUCCUCUCCAGGGAUUGUCAAGAAAUUAUUUAAGGUUUUCCAUUUCCUUUAUACUUAUGCUGUUGCUGUUGAUUUAUGCCCCUUCACUCUUGAUGAGUUUGCUCAAGCUUUUCAUGACAAGGAUUCCUUGUUACUUGGAAAAAUCCAUGUGGCCCUUCUCAAGCUUCUUAUAUCUGAUGUUCAGGCAGAGCUUAGUAGUGGAUUUUCCCCCAAUUUGAGCAAAUCUUGCAAUUUUCUUGCAUUACUUCACUCGGUUGAAAAUCAAAAAGUUGCUCUGGAGUUCUGGGAGAGAUCAUUAAACCCUCUAACAUGGGCAGAAAUACUGCGUCAAGUAUUAGUUGCUGCUGGUUUUGGUUCAAAGCAAGGUGCAUUGAGGAGGGAAGCCCUUAGCAGGGAAAUGAACCUAAUACUGAAUUACGGUCUACGCCCCGGUACUUUGAAGUGCGAAUUGUUCAAGGUUUUGUCAGAACAAGGAAAUAAUGGUUCGAAAGUUUCUGACUUGGCAAAGUCACUGCAGAUUGUUGAGUUGAACCUGUCUGGCACAGCUGAAGAUCUGGAGUCUUUAAUAUGUUCAACUCUUUCAAGUGAUAUUACUUUAUUUGAAAAGAUCUCAUCAUUUGCGUAUCGUUUACGUAAUAAUUAUGUUGCAAAGGCAGUCGAUGAAUUUCAAUCAGAUACUGAGGAUUCAGGAAGUGUUGAUGAUUAUCCUAAUGACAGUGGUCCAUGUAGCAGCAGUGACGAUUUGGGGUGUGGAUCAGAAAAUUCCAACAUAAGAAAAAUCAAGUACACGAGCGGUCGUAAAAGUCCAAGUAACAUGCUAACCGUAUACAAUGAAAUUGAUGAGAGCCAUCCAGGAGAAGCAUGGUUGCUAGGAUUAAUGGAAGGUGAAUAUUCAGAUUUAAGCAUUGAAGAAAAGUUGAAUGCGUUAGUGGCUCUAACUGAUCUUCUUCUUGCUGGAUCCAGUAUCAGGGUGGAGGAUCCAAUGCAUGCUAUUGUCGAAUGUGUUCCUAGCAUCCAUCAUUAUGGUUCUGGAGCAAAAUUAAAGAGGUCAUCAGCUAGACAACAUAGCUUAACCUGGUCACCACAGGGCCAUGCCGGACAAUUGCAUGGUUUGAAAGAAGCAUAUUCAUUAUUGAAGUUUCAUCCAGCAGAUUCGUCAGUGUCAAUGGCAAGGUUCUAUCAGGAGAGAUCCUCUGGCAAAGGAGAAAAAGAAAAAGAAGUUGAGUUAGAUUUGCAUCCAAUGCAAUCUGUGUUUUUGGGGUCUGAUCGUAGGUAUAAUAGAUACUGGCUCUUCUUGGGCCCUUGUAAUGGAUAUGAUCCAGGCCAUAGGAGGGUCUACUUUGAAUCUUCAGAAGAUGGUCAUUGGAAAGUGAUUGAUACCGUAGAGGAUUUCUGCACCUUGUUGUCUGCUUUAGAUGACAGAGGUAAGCGGGAGGCUCUACUUAUUGCAUCUUUAGAGAAGCGGCAAAUGUCUCUUUGCCAGGGAAUGUCAAGUAGAAUGAUGGUAAAUAGUGCGGAAACCAGGUAUUUGACACAAUCUGUUCAUUCUGAACUGGAUAUGGUCAGAGAGAAUAGUUGUUCUCCAGUAUCUGACGUAGACAACCUAAGCCUGACUGGGACUGGAAAAGAUUCUUUGCCUUCAUCUGGGGCUGUUUAUCUUGAUGUUGGAAAGAAGGGAGAAGAACAAGAAGAAAGAUGGAGCCGUCUACAAGCAUUUGAUUCAUGGCUAUGGAAUUCUUUUUACUCGUGUCUAAAUGCUGUAAAACAUGGUAAAAGAUCGUAUCUUGAUUCACUUGCUAAAUGCGAAAGUUGUCAUGACCUGUAUUGGAGAGAUGAGAAGCACUGUAGGGUUUGCCAUAUCACGUUUGAGCUUGACUUUGAUUUAGAAGAAAGAUAUGCCGUCCAUGCAGCCACAUGUAGGGAGAAAGAAGAUGCUAAUAUUAUGUUCCCAAAGCAUAAAGUCCUAUCAUCACAGAUCCAGUCACUAAAAGCUGCGAUUCAUGCUGUUGAGUCAGUAAUGCCUGAAGAAGCCUUGAUUGGUGCUUGGACAAAGUCUGCUCAUAAGCUCUGGGUCAAACGGCUUAGACGCACCUCUUCUUUGGCAGACAUUUUGCAGGUUCUUGCUGAUUUUGUUGGUGCCAUCAAUGUGGACUGGCUAUAUGAAUGCAGUGUUCAGCAAGUUUCCUAUAAUGUCGUUCAAGAGAUUAUUGUGUCCUUUUCAUCUUUACCGCAAACAACAUCUGCAGUUGCACUUUGGUUGGUGAAAUUGGAUUCUUUAAUUGCUCCCUACUUGGAAAGAGUUCAUCCCGGAAAGAAACAAGAAAUCAGUGUCCGAGGUAGGCGUGCUCCAAAGCAUCAAGUGUUCUUAAGGAGCUAAUGCAAGUCAGAAUUUUAACCGAACAUCUGAGGCAUUGAGGAACCUUCUGCUGAUUUUUCUCAUUGGAUCCCGAAUGUCAAUUGCCUAAUCGGGGAACCAUUGCUGGCUAUGAGUUUUAAAGGGACCUUGCUGAUGCUUAAUGAGUUCGAGUAAGAGGGGCUGAUGGCAACAAUGGAACUCCGUUCCUACUUGUAUAGACUUGUAGUUUGAGUGAUUGAACGUUGUACAGCAUUAGCUUUAGAGAUAUUCAGGAAAGUUUUUAAGUUUCUGGUUCAUUUUCAUGAGCCCUCUUAACUCUAAACUUGAGGGGAACAGAAUGUUGCAACCUCUUACAACCUUCGGUUUAGAGGGACUAAAAUUUUGUCCAUCUACUUUUCAAUCUACUUGGAAGAAGAGAGGAAUAAAUCUAUCUUUUGCCUUUUGCAAGCA